AUGAGUGAAGCUAAUAGUACAAAACAGCUGUACAGAAGAGAAUUGAAGCUCACACGCUUAAGAUAUGCACGGGAAUUAUUAGAAAAGCAGGGACAAAAAGAAAUGGAGUCAGCCGAGAAAGUAGCAUUGGCAGAAAAGAAAAAGGAAGAGAUGGGAGCAUAUUUUAGACAAGCUAAAGAAGAACAAAAGAAACAUGAAGAACAGGUGAUGGAAACAUUAGACUUGGAUAUAAAUCAAGCUAGUCAAAUCAAAGAUCGAACUGAACAACGUAAUAUCAAUCGUAUGUUGUUUGAUGAACAACAGAGACAGGUCAGACGUCAGCAGUUGAUCAAGUUAUAUGCAGAGACAGAGGAAUUUGUUACUUUGGAUAACUUGGAUGCUAAAGUAGACUUGGCCUUACAGAAUAGAAAGCACGUCGUUGAUUUAAAUGAAUUGAUGAGUAAUUCUAAUGAUUUACAUGUUGAAAUUGAAAAGAGAAAGGAACAAAUAAAGCAAGUCAUGGGCAUCUAA